AUGAUGAGCAGAUCCCCUUCGUCGUCUGGCUUAUUACCAAUGCCGGGUACACCAGGCUCGUCCUGGGCAGUCUAUAAGGCGAGAUUGAAAGGGGUGUUUAACGGUGCGGAUAGUCGAGUGUUGGCAUCAUUUUGGUUGUUUGGCCUCAUCAACAAUAUAUCCUAUGUUAUCAUCCUCACUGCCGCCCUCGACCUCGUUGGCCCAACAGUCCCCAAAUCGGUUGUCCUACUCGCAGACGUCCUCCCCUCGUUCUUCACGAAGCUUACAGCUCCAUACUUCAUACAUCAUGUGCCGUAUUCCGUUCGAAUCGUCGCCAUGACAUCGGUGUCAGUCUGCGGAAUGUUUAUCAUCGCCCUCACCCCAGAUUCGGUUACCAUAAAGCUAUUUGGGGUUGGACUGGCAAGUCUGAGUAGUGGAGCCGGAGAACUGAGUUUCUUGGGAUUGACACAUUAUUAUGGUCCUUUCAGUCUGGCAGCUUGGGGGAGUGGAACAGGUGCGGCUGGUCUUGCAGGAUCUGGGUUAUACAUUUUCUUGACCAGUACACUCGGAUUGCGCGUCAAAACCUCGCUAUUGACAUGCGCUUUCCUACCAUUCAUCAUGCUCAUCUCAUUCUUCCUCAUCCUUCCCCUUGGGCCACUUCGAAGAGCAUCGUCCAACAAAGACUACACUCACGUUCCCUCUGAAGAACCAAUCACCAUAACCGCAACCGAUUUCGACGAGGAAGACAUCUCUUCUAUCCCGACUGGAUCAGCCGCAGAAUCCCUCCUCGCUCCUGGUCUCGCCUCAGAAGCAUACACGUCUCACAGUCCACGCACGCGAUCACCCUCGAGAACUCACAAAUCACCCUUCAUGGCAAAUCUCCAUCGCGCCCGCCUUCUUUUCUUUCCUUAUAUGCUUCCGCUGCUUCUCGUCUACAUCGCGGAAUACACCAUAAACCAAGGCGUCUCCCCUACUCUCCUCUUCCCCUUAGCCGGCACGCCAUUCACACAUUACCGUUCUUUCUAUCCCUUCUACAACCUACUCUACCAACUCGGCGUAUUCAUCGCUCGCUCAUCAACCCCCUUCUUCCGCCUCCACAACCUCUACCUCCCAUCCUUCCUACAGUGUCUCAACCUCGCACUCCUAAUCGGGCAAUCACUCUACUGGUUCAUUCCAUCCGUCUACAUCGUCUUCCUUGUCGUCUUCUGGGAAGGUCUUUUAGGCGGCGCGGUUUACGUAAACACGUUCGCUGAAAUCAUGCAGCAUGUGCCUGAGAAAGAGAGGGAGUUUAGUUUGGGAGCGACGAGUGUGAGUGAUAGUGCGGGGAUAUGCAUCGCGGGGUUUGUGGGGAUGGUGCUUGAAGGGUGGCUUUGUGGACGGCAGGUUGAGAAUGGGAGGGCGUGGUGUAGAACUUUGGAAAGUUAG